AUGACAGCUCUUGUUCCUGCAACCCUCUCCUUCCUUCUCCUCUGGACACUGCCAGGGCACGUCCUCCUCAGGGUGGCUUUGGCAAAAGAGGAAGUCAAAUCUGGGACCAAAGGGUCCCAGCCCAUGUCCCCCUCUGACUUCUUAGACAAGCUUAUGGGGCGAACAUCCGGAUAUGAUGCCAGGAUUCGGCCCAAUUUUAAAGGCCCACCCGUGAACGUGACCUGCAACAUCUUCAUCAACAGUUUCGGCUCCGUCACUGAGACCACCAUGGACUACCGGGUGAAUGUCUUCUUGCGGCAGCAGUGGAAUGACCCACGCCUGGCUUAUCGAGAGUAUCCUGACGACUCUCUGGACCUCGAUCCCUCCAUGCUAGACUCCAUCUGGAAGCCAGAUCUGUUCUUUGCCAACGAAAAAGGGGCCAACUUCCAUGAGGUGACCACGGACAACAAGUUACUGCGCAUCUUCAAGAAUGGGAAUGUGCUCUACAGCAUCAGGUUGACCCUAAUUUUGUCCUGCCCGAUGGACCUGAAGAACUUCCCCAUGGACAUCCAGACCUGCACGAUGCAGUUGGAGAGCUUUGGCUACACCAUGAAUGACCUCGUGUUUGAGUGGCUGGAAGAUGCUCCUGCUGUCCAAGUGGCUGAGGGGCUGACUCUGCCCCAGUUUAUCUUGCGGGAUGAGAAGGAUCUAGGCUAUUGUACCAAGCACUACAACACAGGGAAAUUCACCUGCAUCGAGGUAAAGUUUCACCUGGAACGGCAGAUGGGCUACUAUCUGAUUCAGAUGUACAUCCCCAGCCUACUCAUCGUCAUCCUGUCCUGGGUCUCCUUCUGGAUCAACAUGGAUGCUGCUCCUGCCCGUGUGGGCCUGGGUAUCACCACCGUGCUCACCAUGACCACCCAGAGCUCUGGCUCCCGGGCCUCUUUGCCUAAGGUGAAGAGACAUACAAGAGAACUUGUUUGCUAUAAGGCUCUCCAUUUCCCAUAUCCCAUGUGCCCUCCUGCUCACUAUUUACCUUGGAUUUAA